CAUGAGCGAAUACUUGCAGUGACGCUCUCGAUGAAUGGCGAUGGAGGAUGCAGGAAGUUCAGACGCGGGGGCUGGGAACGUGAGUCGCUUCAUGUGAAGGGUCAGAAAGGCGGUGCUUCCAGGAGCUUGUCCUUGGAGCCAAGCGUGGAGCUGCAGGUCGGCGUGGGUCGGAGGCUGAUCCCUUCUCCACAGUGAUGAUGUCGAGCCUUAUUAAUUUCCAAAAUGAAACAGAAGUUAAAGAGUUCCUGGACAAUCUGGGCAUCGAAUACAGUUACCAGUGCCGCAAGGAGAAGGACCCGGAAGGAUGUCAACGACUUGCUGAUUAUUUGGAAGGAAUUAAAAAAAACUACGAGGCAGCUGCUGAGAUAUUGAAACACAACUGUGAGAAAAACCAUCAUGGAGAAAGCUGCUAUAAGCUCGGUACUUACUAUGUGACUGGAAAAGGUGGAUUACAACAAAAUAUGAAGACUGCAUAUGAAUGCUUUGUUAAAUCGUGUGAGAAAGGUGGUAAGAAGUCAAUUGACGCCUGCCAUAAUGCUGCACUGUUGGCUCAUGAUGGACAAGUAUUCGAUAAUAAACCAAACUCCGUAAAAGCCAGAGAUUAUUACACCAGAUCCUGCAAUGGAAACUUUGUAGCUAGCUGCUUUAAUCUAAGUACUCUGUAUAUCCAGGGAGCUCCAGGUGUGACCAAGGACAUGGCUCAGGCCAUGAAAUAUUCUCUUAAAGCAUGUGAGUUAGGUCACAUCUGGGCUUGUGCAAACACAAGUCGAAUGUACAAGUUAGGAGAAGGUGUAUCUAAAGAUGAUGAAAAGGCAGAACUUUUCAAAAAAAGAGCUAAAGAUCUACAUAGAGAGCAAAAUGAAUUUUCACAGCAAUUAAAGUUUGGACAAUGAUAUCAAAUUCUAGUGUAAACUUGAUUUUUCUUGGUGGAAUAUAUUUGCUUCAAAAAUGAUCAAACAAACUUUGGGCAAAACAGAAUUGGGCCUAUAUGUGGCAUAACCCUCAAACUUUCUAACGAUUCACAUAUUAAGCGUGAAAGUCUCCUUGGGUAUAAAAUGAAAACUGCAUCCAAGGUUGAAGACAUUUUUGAUACCUACUACAGAAUCCUGAGGGGCCCUGGCUCAGGGCUUCAUCAGGUCAGCAACUUUCAAUGGGUUCAUCCAAACUAAACUCCACGCGGUGCAUCUGUAGCCCACAGGUGGUACAUGCCAACCUGUAGUAAUAGGACUUCUGAUGGUCUGCUCUCAUGGAAAUUAUAAGCCCACCCAGUACUGAGAGCCACCUUCAAAAGUAAGUCCAAAAAACGUAAACCUCUAGGCUGCCAUCUGUUCAGUUUCCCUCAAUGCCUCAAUCUUGCUUCCAGAGGCAGCUAUUCAUGAUCAUAUCCCCAUUCUAAUGGUCCAGCCGCCCGGUUCUGAACACUUGCCACCAUUCCAACCAGCCUCUCUGUCACCUACAAUCCAGACCAACUUCUCUAACUUCAGAUAGCCCUUGCUUUCUCUCUCCAUCCCCUUCUCAGUUCUCCCACUAGUCUUACUGUCUCCGACUACAUUCUAUCUUUGUCCCGCCCCCUCCCCUGACAUCAGUCUGAAGAAGGGUCUCGACCCGAAACGUCGGCCAUUCCUUCUCUCCAGAGAUGCUGCCUCACCCGCUGAGUUACUCCAGCAUUUUGCGUCUACCAACAUCCGAUCUGUUAUUCUUCCAUUAUGGCAGAAUGAGCAGUCUUUGAAUGCUUCAACCUUCCAAGGUUGUGUUAAUUGCUCAUUAAGUUUACAGCCUUGCCUCAAAAUUAUUUUGCUGCUGCAGCAGCACAGGAGAGUUAUGUUUUUCGGUCUGCUGCACUUGACCAUAUCCCAAUGAAGAAUACAACCCACCAUGUAGCAUAAACCACUAGGUGCAGUUCCAAUAGCUGCAGGGAGCUGUUCCAUCCUUUUAACAUUUAAAUUUGUACAUUAUUAUAAAGUUUUCAGAACGGUGAUCUUAUCAAAGCUAUGUUUUACGUGAGAGCCUUCAUCUAAUGGAAGGGGAGCAGGGGUUGCUUUUAACAGUUCAGAUCCAACCUAUUGAGCAGAAAAGAAUGAAAUGUACUAGCAUUACCUUAAUAAACUGUGAUGGGUU